AUGAUAUGCGUGGAAGUUCUGUAUGUGAAUUGUGAAUAUGAGUACCGCUGCGAAGAAUCUCUGAAGACAGCGAAAAUACAACGCCGAACUGCGAACGCUACGUUAACGCGAUUGGGAAAAGCCUUGGUCGUACUACAAGAGCAGAAAAGACCAGUGGACGAGGUAAGCAAUUACCUUGUUAAAAUUAAGCAUGCCUUUGAUAAUGUUGUCUUGAAACAUGAUGAGUACGCAAAAUUAAUAGUCGAGGAUAAGGACUUUGAGAUGGAAGAACAAUGGUUAGAGGAUUGUCAAAAUGACUUUCUUAAGCUUGACAUUGAUGCUAAACGUUAUAUUGAAGAGGUUUCUGUCACGAAUAGCGAAAAUAAUGUAGAAAUAAACGAGCAAAACGCGUCAGAAAUGUUAGGAAUGCAAAACCUAGACAGUGCAAGUAAUUUGAACCCAGCAAAUACAGAGAAUAGCCAGCCAAGUACCAGUAGCAAAAACAGCAGUGUGAUUGAAAUUCCCCAAGCAAGCCCCGUUAAUACCAAUAAAGAAACAGUUAUCAACAGCCCAUCUGGGUCUAUACAAAGCAACCCUGAACAGAGUCAAAGCCAAUCUGAAGUAAACGACAAAGUGGGAACUGUUUCUAGCGUUACCCCCUGUGGGUUUCAGAUGGAGAAACCCAAAUUACCCAAGUUUUCUGGUGAUGUCCGUGAAUAUGUGAUUUUUCGAGCCGAUUUCAAACACGCCAUUGAGUCUAGAUAUGUUAAAAGAGACGCUAUCACCCUGUUGCGCACUUGUUUAAAGGACUAGUAACUCGAGUUGAUAAAAGGUAUUGGAUCUGAUUACGAUGCGGCAUGGAAAUACCUGGAUUCUAUAUAUGGGGACCCCCGGUUUGUGGCGGACACUAUUACGCAGGACAUUGUAAAAUUUAAACCACUAAGUGAUGGGGAAGAUGCCCGAUUCUGCGACCUAGUACAUCUAGUGAGACGAUGUUACAAUACGCUAAAGGAAGUGGGAAUCCCUAAUGACGUGGACAAUAGUCACAUGCUUUCCAUUAUUGAGCGAAAGAUGUGCCCUGAUGACCGUAAAGUGUGGUCUAGAGAUCUUGAGCGUGAAGCAAAAUCAACUAUGUUGAAUAACCUGAUAAACUGGAUGACGGUAGAAAUGAAGUCGAGAAUGCGGGCCACAGCUCCAGUUCGAAGUAGUUCCAAUCGUCGACAAGUCAAUACGGUUUACGGGGAGGCUGAUGUUAGUGGUAAAAUCCGACACAAAUGCUGGUUCUCUAGUGACUCGAAUCACUGGCGAGACCAAUGUGAAAAGUUCGCAGCAAGGUGUGUAGACGACCGAAUAAGCGCAGCGAAGACCAACCAUGCAUGUUUCAGCUGUUUAAAGAAGGCAGGCCGAGACCACCGACAAGCGAAUUGCAGCAGACGCAAGCAAUGUACGAAAGUCGAAAGCGGAAAUCAAUGUACUUCAACUAACUAUCCAUUGUUGCACAAAUCCAGAACAACACAUAUCGGUGUUGCUUCCCUUUCUGAGCAAAAGAACACAAUGUUACCAGUAAUCACUGCCAAUAUCUGUGGAUCUAAUGGAGUGCACAAGCCCGGAAACAUUUUGUUUGACUCCGGAGCCCAAAUUAGUUUAAUUCGAAGAGAGACUGCGAACAGUCUACGUUUGCAUGGUCAAGAUAUAACUGUGAAUAUCGUAAAGGUUGGAGGAGAAGAAGAAGAAAUUCAAACAAAAGUGUACAAAGUGAGUGUGACUGGAAUAGAUGAUAAGAAGAAGUACGUGGUUAGAGCAAUUGGAAUCCCAUGUAUCAGUGACGAAAUUAAAGGUGUCCGAUCGAGUGCACUGGCAGAGCAGUUCAGCCUAUCGAGGGAGAAAGUCAGACGGGGAAACGGGCAUGUUGAUCUUCUCGUGGGAAUUGAUCAUGCACAUAUGCAUACUGGUCAGACAAGAGAGGUUAACCAUAUGGUUGCAAGAAAGUCUCCUCUGGGUUAG